AUGACUUCUUGCGACGUAUGCAGUGCAAUCUACGUGGUUAUCAUCCUCAUAAUACGCAUCAUCACCAUCAUCAAAAUCAUCACGGCUAUCCAAACCCUGGAGGCACGGGGUGCCACACGGCACGGCGUCCCAUACUAUCUCGGCACGGUGGCGGGACUUGCCGCAGGCAGCUGGAUACACGAUCCUCUGCAUUCAUUCCCACCUGUCUUGACGAUGUACACACUCCUCUGCAGCGAGCUGUGCUCUGCUGCGCAGGCGUCGCCCAGGGCGGCCGUCCAGAGCGGAAUAGGACGGCGCCACGUCUGA